GAGGUAUUUGGUGAUAAGGAUAUCAUGUAUAAAGUCUUGGUUUCCCAACAUCCUGCAGAAAUUAAACAUCUCGGUCGACAAGUGAAAGAUUUCAGUAUUUUGGUAUGGAUGAAGGAGGCUGUAAAUAUUGUUAAGGCUGGAAAUAGAGCCAAGUUUACCCAGAACGGAAACCUCAGGUGGGAAUUAUAUAAAACAUACCCGAAACAGAUGGUCGAGGCCAGCCCAAGCGAUACUCGAUGGGGUAUCGGAUUGUCUACAAGCGACCCUGAUGCAUGGGACGAAAGGAAAUGGAGGGGACGCAAUCUACUGGGAAAAUUACUAACCAAUCUACGAGAUGAACUGAUGAUA